AUGGCAGGCUUCUCACUCACCAAAACGCUGCUGUCCUCUGACGCCGAUGGCUUCCGAAAAGCCACACAAUCAACCUUUCUACUGCGCGCAGCUCAGGGCAGAGUUCCCAAGGAAUAUCUCGGGCAAUGGCUCGCCAACGACCGUCUUUAUAUCCUGGGAUACAUCCAAGGCAUCGGCAAGAUGCUAAGCUUCCUAUCUCUCCCAGAAACCGUCCCGCCAGCGCCACAGGACAGAGAAACAGCCACGACCCGUCUCCUCGACUGGCUGAUUGACGCCAUGGUCAACAUCCGCCGCGAAGAGAAAUUCUUUGUAGAUACAGCCCAUAAAUUCGGCAUCCCUAUCAAUCUGCCCUCUGACGCCAAUGGCCACGUUCCUGACAGUGAAAAGCUCGAUGGCCUACGUCGCUUCGAAGCUCUGUUUGCCGGCCUUGGACCCAGCACAAGCACCAACCUGCCAUGGCUGGAAUGCGCUGUGGUUUUCUACGGGACAGAAAAGUGCUACUUGGAGGCGUGGACAUGGGCCAGGAACCAGCUGGAGCAAGGGGAGGGCGACAGUGCUGGAGACAACGGAGAUGCCGAUGGCGGGGCGCUUCGAACCGAGUUUAUUCCAAACUGGACAGGCACCGAGUUUGUUGCGUUUGUGGACCAGCUGGGCAAGAUUAUUGAUGAUGCCAUUGCAGAAUACGUUGCUGAGAAUGGAGGCGACGUCAAACAGGAGAUUACUGAGAGAUCGUUGGUCAAGUGGCGGGAAUUGCUGGCGGCUGAGCAGGCAUUCUGGCCGGCCAUGGAAUAG